AUAGCAUCAACUGGCCUCAUAGUAGUUGGAACAGUUGUUGGCGGUUUGACAGCCAGCCCAGCCAUUCUAGGAAGCAUAUCAGGAGCUGGUUUAGUUCUAAAAACAUUCUCUGAGGGAAAAAACUAUAAAAGAAAAAUUAAGAUGGCUCGGUUUGCUUACACUUCUUACGAUAAGACAUUAGUUAGUCUGAGGACUUCGCUACGUGGGGCUACCUUUAACAAAGACGACUUCUUGAAGGAGAUGACAGUAUUGGAUGAAACAAUUGUGGAUUUUGCUCCACUGGUGAUAAAAUUUGAAAAGCAGUACGCUAAAAAAUUCCUCUUCUGUCCAACAGAAACUGUAAAACAACAUGGCGGACAGUUUGAGACAACAACCUGGUCCCCAGGGCCUCUCGCUCAAUGA